AUGCUUGGUGCCGACCCCACGGAGAUAUUGGCGAUUUCCCUUGACAUUGGCCCGGUGUCGCUAACCGUCGUGAACAUCUACAUUCCUCCAAUCUCCAGUUGUCCCCCUGGUUUCACCGCCUCCAUUGCUCCCUACUCACCUUCUGGAGACAGCUUGGUGUUAGGUGAUUUCAAUGCCCACAACGACCUAUGGUGCUCCUACCUGGCGGCCGAUUCCCGAGAAAAAGCCAUGGCCGAUGCAUUAGAACAGGCUCCCUUCGCAGUCCUCAACAAGGACAGCCCAACGCGGCUUCCACCCAACGGUGCCCCCAGCUCUCCCGAUGUUUCCCUUGCCAGUCUCAGCCUGAUAGCCUCCACCACCUGGAGCACGUAA